UUAAAACCUGCUAUCUACAAUGGCAAUCCUUCAAGAUCGCAUUUGGAUGUGAACCACCCUGUGUUAGCGUCUUAUCUCUGUCCUGUUUCGCAUCUCGCCGAAUUCAACAGAGACCCAGCCGAGUAUGUAUUGUUCUAUAUAAAGCUUGCCAGUGGUGGAAUUUGCCUGACCACAGAUGACUUUCCCACAUUCCUUUGGUCUGGGAACCCCCCCGGAUGUGACUACGACAACAACGCUAUGACAGAAGGCCUCCUCCAGGGCUAUCUCAUUGAAUGUGUAAUACAGCAUAUAUUUAUGGGCCCAUCUACAGCUCUAGGUCAAGACUCAUGGGCGACGCGAACUUGUAAUGUCAUGCUACACAACAUGACAACUGUCGAAGCAGAGCAUAUUGCUUAUGCUUGUGUACAG